AUGCAACGACACCAUGGAAUUAAACCAGCUGACUGCAUUGCAGAAUUAGAAUUAUGUGUUCGAGAUGGCCUGUUGCAUUUCGAAAGAACAGUUGGAAAGAAAGGUUCCAAGAAAGGUUCUUUGCAAGAAAGAUAUGUCGUGCCUACUAAACCGCUAAGAGAUGGUCAUGAUUGGUAUUGUUUCGAGUGUCAUAAGGGUGGAGAGGUGAAAUGUUGCUCGUCAUGCCAUAGGGUAUUUCAUACCUACUGUGUUAAAGAUCUCGAACCAGGAAAUAUGUUAUGUUACAUUUGUAUUGCCCAGCAAGAUCCUAUUUCUAUUACCAAAGAAAAAUUAAACCGAUUGUUAGGAUAUUUACAUAGAAGUAUGAAAGAUUUGGUUCCUGCUAAUCUAAAAAAGUGGUCAAAAUCACUAGAGGAUGAAUUAGCAAUGAAGGCAUUGCUUUACAACCCAGUGGAUUUGAACACCAUACAAAAAAAGAUACUUGCUGUUCAUUACAGUCAUUGGUUAGAAUUUGCUGCAGAUGUUAAGAACUUCGUUCAUAACAUACUUAUUUAUUUUGGUGAAAGAAGCUCAUAUACUCAACAAAUAAUUAAAAUGGUAGAAUAUUGUUUACAUGACAUUAAAGAAAUUGAAAAAUGUGCUGAUUGCUAUGAAGCAUCAAAUGACAGGGCUGAUAAACUGUGGUUUUGCAAACCAUGUAAACCACUCCAUAGACUUGUAUUUGCCAAAUUGGAAACUUUUCCUUUUUGGCCAGCAAAAGUUAUCACACAUUUUGAUGACAAGUACGAUGUCAGAUUUUUUGGUUCUGGACACACAAGAAGUGUAGUUUCCAAAGCUCAUGUUAAAACCAUUCCUUUCAGUAUUAAAUACAUUGAGAAUCUGCCAAAAUAUGGAAAUACUUUAUCAUGGGAGAAAGCAAUGAAAGAACUGAUUUUUCACAUUAUUUGUAUUGGCCCUCGAAUAAUAUUGAAACGUCUUCCCAGUAACUAUCAUGAAAAAAAUUUGCUCCAGACAAAAGGUCCAAAUCCUCAAAGAAUUACAAAGAGAAAAAUGUGUGAUGAUAUCACGAGAAAUAAGAAAAGUAGGUGCCAUGAGGAAAUCGGGAAUAACAAAACCCCAAAUGUGUACAAAUCGUGUGAUAAACAUGUAAGGAAGUCAAUCGGAUGUGAUACAGAAAGAUGUAAAGUCAAUGUUGUAGAUAGGAAUAUUUGUUGUGAUGAUGGAAUUUCUGAACAACCAGUGAUUACCAAAGAUACCCCAAAUUUUCAGUCACCAUUAAAUAUCAAUGUACAAGAAACUGAAAUGCAGGAAGUAGAUCUUCCAGGGAAGACUGAUGUAAGAAACAUUGCUAGUCGUUCUGAAACAGAUUCAGAUUCAGUUUCAAUUUCAGAACUUCACGAAGAAAUUGAUAUUAAAGAUGAAUAUGUAGAGGAAUAUCAAGUUGUUCAAAUUGAAAGUACUGAUAUUUCAGAAACUAAUGGAACAUUUAGUAAAAGAAAUUCAGAACGAGUUGAAGCAAGUUCCAGCAAUCAUGCACUUCUUAAAUCUGCUGCCCAACGAAUUGGAACACACCAAAUAGAUGUUCCAAAGAAGGGCGAUUCAGUGGCACUUGCUUGUCAAUCUGAAAUGAAAUCUGAUUCUGUUGCAUUUACAGUACUUAAUGAUGGCGUAACUACUAAGAAGAAACCAGAAGAUGGAGGAAAACGUCAGUUAAUUAAUGCCAAGCAAGUCACUGAUAGUGGACAGAAAUCUAUCAAUAUUCAGAAUCUUGGGAAUAGUGCAGAUAAACAUGCUCGUUGUUCUAAAAAUGAUUCAGAUAGUUUGGAAAUUCUGGCAGAGAGCAUAAUUGUCAAGGAAGAACCACCAUGUUUACAUUGCUCUGGUCUUGAUAUGAUUCCAAGGAAAGAAGCUGAGAAAUUAAAAGAAGAAGCAGUUGCCCAAACGACAAAGCACUUUCUAGCUAUAAUUGCUCGACUGGAGGAACAAUGUACAAAGACGAAUGCAGAAAAAUGA